AUGUCAAAGGAUCCUGGCUUUGGGAGCCUGGAAUUGGGGUUGCCACUCAUGCUGGCUGGGAUUGUCAAAGAAGACCAGGUCCUGGCAAUCCAGGACGUGGAGACAAAGCAAUUUGACCCCUCGGAGCUGGUGCCAGAUCUGCCGGGACUGCACCUAAGAAGCCGAAACCGCCUGCACCGCAAGUCGCGGCCCCAUUCUGAGAAGGGAGUGGACCUCGGCCUUCUUGAAGGUCGGGUCCUUGCCGGGAGCUUCCGGGUUCUCAGGGUGACCUUCAUAAGCGCACAGAGACUGUGCCUCGGAUUGGCCGGAGAAGCACUUGGGCUCUUUGCAAGGCCAUGGGAGGAUGCGUGGCAGCCACUGCAUCUGUGGCGUACGUGCCAGCCUCGGGCCCGAAGCCCGAAGGUCCAAACCUUCCAGCCCUGCACCCCCAAAUCCCUUAAACCCCUCGAACCCUUCAAAGCCUCAAUCGGGGUUUUAAGGAUUUGUGCUUUAGGCAUUCAUUCCCCUCCAGCCUCGUACACCUGA